GUUACGACUAUGGCUAUGUCUGCGUGGAGUUUUCAAUCUUGGAAGAGGCCAUCGGAUGCAUGGAAGCCAACCAGGGAACUCUUUCGAUUGGUGGCAAAGAAGUGACUCUUGAAUACACUCCAUGCCCAGAGUUUUGGCGCUGCAAACGUUGUAAGGUGUGUACUGUGGGCUACAGAUCUUCCUGCUCCUAUUGCAAGCUCCCAAGGGAUGGGAGCAGAGCAGGCCCAGAGUCUAGAGGUGGUGCUGAGGGAGAGGAUGCAUUGACUGAACAAGAAUUGACAGAGACAAAGCUUGAAACACCUGAGCAAGAACUGUCAGGUCAACCAGGAUCUCCAAAACAGCCUCUUCAGCCCUCAGUUCCUGCUCCGCAGCAGGAGUGUCAGCCUCAGGAACAGGAGCCAAGGAAGAGAGAUGAAGGGAGAGAGCGACGACCCUCACAGGAGAAGAGAAGGGACAUGGACCGGCACCAGGAGCCACCUUCUCAGAGAGAAGCAGAGGAAGCCACACCACAGGAUGGUGGAGGAAGCAGAACAAUUAUGCUGAAGCGUAUCACUCGGUUCACCCCACCAGAAGUGAUCGUGGGGCUCCUGGCCCCGUACGUGCGGCUCUCCACAUCCAGCGUGCGCAUCAUGAAGAACAAAGCUGGACGGAUGGGGCAGACCUAUGGCUUCAUCGAACUGGAGUCUCAUGCUGAGGCGCUGAGGUUACUAAAGAUACUGCAGAACCUGGAUCCCCCAAUCUGCAUUGAUGGGCGUACGUUGGAAGUGAAUCUUGCUACAGGGAGGAGAAGGAAUGACUAUGGGGAGCAUGGUGACAAUUCCUACUAUGGCCCGGGCAGAAGGGGCAUGAGAGACAGGAGAGGUGGCGAAUUGCAGCGACGCACCAGAGCACAGUCUCCAUCAGAUAUGUCCACAUACAUUUAUGAUCCUGACACUGGGAAAUACUACAAUCCCAUAGCUGGGACGUACUAUGACCCCAGGACUCAGAGGGAAGUCACGAUAGACCGAGAAGCCUGCACAUCCCCCACAGAGAGCAGAAGGCGGCGGCAUGGGAGCCAAGAAUGGACAAAUGAAAGGAAGGAACCACAUAGCAGGGACAACAGGGACAAAAAGGACAAAGGGAAAAGUACUUCUGCUAAGAAUGAGCCUGGAGAAGAGAGGUUCUUUGCAGAAGACAUCUUCAAAAAGCCAUUGCCUCCCUCUGUGAAAAAGGACGAGGGCACAGGCCUGACUGAGACUGGAGAGGAGAAGUUCUCUGCAGAAGAUGUAUUUAAAAAACCUCUUCCUCCCUCUGUGAAAAAGGAAGAGAGUGCAGCCCCGCCCAAGGUGGUGAACCCUCUGAUAGGACUUCUGGGAGAGUAUGGAGGAGACAGCGACAAUGAAGAGGAGGAGGAAGAGGAGGAGCAGUCACAGGCUCAGUGGCUGCCACCUCCCCCCCACCCACCAGCACAGCGUGAGGAGCAGCUGCGGAAGGCCAAGGCCAGUGAUGACAAGCUGACCGACUGGAACAAGCUAGCCUGCUUGCUGUGCAGGAGGCAGUUUCCCAACAAAGAAGUGCUCAUCAAGCACCAGCAGCUUUCCAACCUUCACAAGCAAAACCUAGAGAUUCAUAUGAAGAUUAAACGGUCCGAGCAGGAACUGGCAUAUUUGGAGAAGAGAGAGCGUGAGGGGAGACAUAAAGACAAAGGAAAUGACUGGAGAGAGAAAUUCCAGCAGAUGGAUUCACCAGAAAGGAAACGACUCAGAUACGACCGGGACUCAGAGAGUGACUACGACAGUAACAACAAAGGGAACCGAAUGGUGCAGUCGCCAGGGUGGAAAAAGUGCUUUGGCCACAACCAGCAGGGCACAGUGUCACCAAUGGAGGCAGAAAAUCGGAGGAAGGCCCCUGGCCUGGGGGCCCCAGGGAAGCCCCCCAAGAGGCAGUCCAACGAGACCUACCGUGACGCUGUCCGGAGGGUCAUGUUUGCCCGCUAUAAGGAACUUGAGUGAAUGGUGAAGGAACCCCAAGCCUGUCUCUCUCCAUCUCCAUCUCUUUCUCUCUGUGUCAUGUUCUUUUGGGGGUUUGGUCUUUUUGUUGUUUUUUUUUUUGAAUUGUUACAGGUUUUGCUGCUAGAAUUUUUUUAAUAAAACUGAAAAUUUGUCA